CUCUAAUUCUCUUAGCGAGUCCGGACCGGCCGCCUCCAACUCGGAAGGGCUUCGGCGGCUGGGGCGGCGAGGCACGCAGGCGGCGGGCGGGAUGAGCGCGGCGUGUCGCGGAGCGGUGCGGACGCUGCGGGUUCCCGGCUGCCACGGCUAUGCAGCCGAGUUUUCCCCGUACUUGCCGGGCCGCCUGGCCUGCGCCACCGCGCAGCACUACGGCAUCGCGGGCUGUGGAACCCUGCUAAUACUGGAUCAAAAUGAAUCUGGGCUUAGGCUUUUUAGAAGCUUUGACUGGAACGAUGGUUUGUUUGACGUGACCUGGAGUGAGAAUAAUGAGCAUAUCUUGGUCACCUGUAGUGGUGAUGGCUCGUUACAGCUCUGGGACACCGCCAGAGCCACAGGGCCACUGCAGGUCUACAAGGAACACACUCAGGAGGUGUACAGUGUUGAUUGGAGUCAAACCAGAUGUGAACAGCUUGUGGUGUCUGGCUCAUGGGAUCAAACUAUCAAACUGUGGGAUCCAACUGUUGGAAAGUCUCUGUGCACCUUUAGAGGCCAUGAAAGUGUCAUUUAUAGCACGAUCUGGUCGCCCCACAUCCCUGGUUGCUUUGCUUCAGCCUCAGGCGAUCAGACUUUGAGAAUUUGGGAUGUGAAGACAACAGGAGUCAGAAUUGUGGUUCCAGCACAUCAGGCAGAAAUUCUGAGUUGUGACUGGUGUAAAUACAAUGAGAAUUUGCUGGUGACAGGGGCAGUUGAUUGUAGUUUGAGAGGCUGGGACUUGAGGAAUGUACGAGAACCAGUAUUUGAACUUCUUGGUCACACCUAUGCUAUUAGGAGAGUGAAAUUUUCACCAUUUCAUGCUUCCGUGUUGGCCUCUUGCUCCUAUGAUUUUACUGUAAGAUUCUGGAACUUUUCAAAGCCUGACCCUCUUCUUGAAACAGUGGAACAUCAUACAGAAUUUACUUGCGGUUUAGAUUUAAGUCUUCAGAGUCCUACUCAGGAAGCCUUCUGGGAUACCCUUCUCAAGCUGAUGUUUUUGCCCUCCUCAGCGCUCUCCUGUUUCUGCCACAAGCCCCCACUCGUUGCGUCUCGGAGCUCCACCACCGCCGGGUGCGGCGGGGCAGGCGCGAUGCGGCAGCUGUGCCGGGGCCGCGUGCUGGGCAUCUCGGUGGCCAUCGCGCACGGGGUCUUCUCGGGCUCCCUCAACAUCCUGCUCAAGUUCCUCAUCAGCCGCUACCAGUUCACCUUCCUGACCCUGGUGCAGUGCCUGACCAGCUCCACCGCGGCGCUGAGCCUGGAGCUGCUGCGGCGCCUCGGGUUCAUCGCUGUGCCCCCCUUUGGCCUGAGCCUGGCUCGCUCCUUCGCGGGGGUCACCGUGCUCUCCACGCUGCAGUCCAGCCUCACGCUCUGGUCCCUGCGCGGCCUCAGCCUGCCUAUGUACGUGGUCUUCAAGCGCUGCCUGCCCCUGGUCACCAUGCUCAUCGGCGUCCUGGUGCUCAAGAACGGCGCGCCCUCGCCGGGGGUGCUCGCGGCCGUGCUCAUCACCACUUGCGGCGCGGCGCUGGCAGGAGCCGGCGACCUGACGGGCGACCCCAUCGGGUACGUAACGGGCGUGCUGGCGGUGCUGGUGCACGCCGCCUACCUGGUGCUCAUCCAGAAGGCGAGCGCCGACACGGAGCACGGGCCGCUCACCGCGCAAUACGUCAUCGCUGUCUCCGCCACGCCGCUGCUGGUCAUCUUCUCCUUCGCCAGCAGCGACUCCAUCCACGCCUGGACCUUCCCCGGCUGGAAGGACCCGGCCAUGGUGUGCAUCUUCGUGGCCUGCAUCCUGAUCGGCUGUGCCAUGAACUUCACUACGCUGCACUGCACCUACAUCAACUCAGCGGUGACCACCAGCUUCGUGGGGGUGGUCAAGAGCAUCGCCACCAUCACGGUGGGUAUGGUGGCCUUCAGCGAUGUGGAGCCCACCUCUCUAUUCAUUGCCGGAGUCGUGGUGAACACCCUGGGCUCCAUCAUUUACUGCGUGGCCAAAUUUUUGGAAACCAGAAAGCAAAGCAACUACGAGGACUUGGAGACGCAGCCUGGGGGAGAGGAGGCGCAGCGAAGUGGAGACCAGCUGCCGUUCGGCUUGGAGGAGCUGCCCGCGGAGGGUGGAAAUGGCGGGUCAGGAGGUGGGAAGGCAGCAGGUGGCUCCACUCAGCAGGGUGGGCAAGAGGCGGCGAGGGGCAGCCCCAGAGGAGUCCCGCUGGUGGCUGGGAGCUCGCAGAUCUCAGGCAGCCCUGAAGAAGUGAGCAAGAGGUCAUUAAAGGAUACUUACCUCGAAGUGUGGAGGUUAGUUAGGGGAACCAAGUAUAUGAAGAAGGAUUAUUUGAUAGAAAAUGAAGAGUUACCCAGCCCCUGAAAAGGAAAUGCAUGUAUGUAUAUAUGUAUAUACACUUAUUUUCUAUGUUAGAGAUGACAUAUUUUAAUGAGGAGCCGCCCAAUAUUUUGCUUUGUGUAGUGGGGAAGGGAAGCAAAGAAAGAAGCUGAAACGCCUGACAGCAACAAAAUUAGCAACGGCGUGUGAAUUAUUUAGCGCGAGUUUAGCCGAGGCGUCACAGAGACAAAAGAAUGUGACGGUGACUAACAAAUUAAGGCAGGGUUUCCGGCUGCAGACUCCUGGCACAUUUUUUGUCAUUAUGACCAUAACCACAUAUCUGCAUGUACCAAGAGUCCUUCAACCACCCCCUACAAAGAUGGAGUGUAGAAAUGAUGGCAGCGCUCGGUAAACUCAAAGAUUACAUGCAGGGGCACCUUUUUGAUGAUAGUUAGAACUAUAGUUUUUAUGGCCAGCUGGGAAGAGUAUAUUAUUGAAAUGACAUUUUUAAAUACACUGAACUGAUGUUUACUGUUUAUAGUCAUCUGAAAUAUGUUUCCUCUAAUAUUUCCUCACUUUUAAAAAAUAUAUAAGUGCUCUACUAAUCUAUUAUUCUAUUAUAUAUUGGUAGAAAAUGUUAAAGCUAUUUUGAAACUAUGAAUCCUUAGCUUUAAUCAUGAAGUUUAAAGUUGGCUUUUAGUAAUUAUAAAAACAAUUUGAGAGGUUGUUUUGGUUCAUUGCUUUAUAAUAUUUAUUAUUGAAUGCCAUAACCUUUUUAAAAAACAGUUUUACCGUGUCCAGUAUUCUCUCAAGUAAAUGCAACGGCUGACGUAUAAUUCAGUAUUAACUGAAACCCAAACAGAAAUGAGACCGUUCUGUUAAGCUAGGCCUUUCAAGUUGCACUGCACAUCCAAACCGUGUUACAAAAAGAGCAACUGCUAUAUUCACUUUAUGAUAUUUUUCUAUCUUAAAUUUGUCAAAAUAAAGUAUGAGUCUCUCUGC